AUGUUAGUUUUAAAUCAUGAAAAAUUACGCAGUUUUAUGGAUAACGGAAAUAGUGCACCAAGAACUAAUGACGAAGCAUUGUCAAACAAUAGUGAAACGGAACAAAAAAACGACGAAACAAGUGUGAGUAUUGAACCGGUUGAACAGGAAUUACCGAAAUUUGAGGAAACUGUCAAUAUUGUUAUAGAAGACGUCGAGAAUCAAGACGAAGUGCUCGAUCUAAACGAACCAGCGACUGACAAUCCCUUAGCAUUGCAAAUUCCCGAUGUAGAUAACUUCGAAGAGGAUUUCAUUCCAAUGAGAGAUGAAGAUUUCCUUUAUAACGACUUGAUCCAUAAGGACCCAAAUGAGAUUAUGGAUACAGCAGCUGGUUUUGUUCCCAUCCCGAUAUUUCGGAAAAAGAAGAAACCUCAGAAACCUCGACAGCCGUUUGCUUCAAGAAGAUAUUUUAGGAGACCCUAUCCCUACCGAAGACUGUACUACUUUUAUCCAUAUUACAGAUAUUAUCCAAGCUCUCUAAGGUUUUAU